UUCACAUAGAGAGGCUGUUCCUUCAGCCGGCCUCCCCUCCCCGGGCUCCCCCUGCCGGCCGAGCCAGCCUCCUCUCCUUUCCCACAAUGCCCGUUGAGGCUGCUUCUGCCGCGGCUGCCUCAGCUCCAAGAUGGCGCAGGCGAUAUUCGAGGCGCUGGAAGGAAUGGAUAAUCAAACUGUCUUAGCUGUUCAGUCAUUGUUAGAUGGCCAAGGAGGAGUAGCAGAUCCAUCAGCACAAACUGUCAAUGCAUCCACCACCAUUCAGACCAUGGAUGAUGAGGACGUAUUCCUUUGUGGGAAGUGUAAGAAGCAAUUCAACUCGCUGCCAACAUUCAUGACCCAUAAGCGAGAACAGUGUCAAGGCAAUUCCCCCUCAUUGGCUACAGUGUCCCUGGCUACUAACAGUGGCUACACACCGUCCAUUACGUCAGUGCACCAAGCUCAAACCACAAAUCGCCAGAUCUCUACAUACAUUACAGUCCCACCGUCUCCUCUGAUCCAGACAUUAGUGCAAGGGAAUAUUUUAGUAAGUGAUGAAGUCCUGAUGUCAGCUAUGUCUGCCUUUACAACUCUGGACCAACCACAAAUGCCCACUGUACAACCCUCUGUUCAGAGCAGCCUGAAUAUGCACGCUGGAGCAGGAUAUCUUUCUCAACCACCACCACCCCCUCCUCCUCCACCUCCUCAGCCUCCCCCUCCAAGCCUGGGAGCACCAGUCCAAGCCAGCGCUCGUAACAGAGGAGUUGUGGAAGUGUACAGUGCUCCUCCCCCCAUGGUCAGGAAUGGUGCAGUAGAGAUACAGAAUCUGGGGAUGCAGCCCUACCCAAAUAUGGAGGUGCCUAGCCAAUGUGUGGAAGCCUCUGUGUACCGCUCUCCUCCGGCAUACAGCCCAGGCAAGCAAGGUUUUAAGUCCAAAAGCCCGAAUGCUGCUCAUCCCUUGAACAAUACAUGCAGGGGAAAUGUGACCAAUUUUGAUUCAACUCCAAAGAACCGUCGUUCUAAACCGGAUAGCACUUUUCUGGAAGGGAAAUCUAAAUCACCCAAAUUGAAAUGUACAUAUUGUGACAAGACUUUCACCAAGAACUUUGACUUGCAGCAGCAUAUCAGAAGCCACACAGGGGAAAAGCCCUUCCAGUGCAUCGUUUGUGGCCGUGCCUUUGCACAAAAGUCCAACGUGAAGAAGCACAUGCAGACGCAUAAGGUGUGGCCACCAGGAGUUGGGUGUACCCUCUCUCGGAGCUCUGUCACUGUGCAAGUCUUGCCACUCAACCCCAAUCAGGAGGAGGAUGAGGAAGAUGCAGACCUAAACCCAUCUCCAGGAAACAGCCCCCCACAACCUCAGACCAUGCCUCCAACACAAGAGCAUGAAUCCAGCAAGUUGGAAGCCCAGCAAGUGGUCUUGAUAGACAGUUCUUACCAGUGCCAGUUCUGUCCCAACAAAUUCAGCACAUACUUCCAACUGAAAUCACACAUGACUCAGCACAAACAUGAGCAGGUUUACAAAUGUGUUGUGAAAAGUUGUGCACAAACUUUUCAGAAGCUGGACUCUUUCUUAGAACAUACCAAGAACCACCAGGAGGAGCUGAGCUACCGCUGCCACCUCUGCAUCAAGGACUUUUCUUCCUUAUAUGAACUGGGCGUCCACCAAUAUUCCCACAGCCUGCUGCCUCAACACAGUCCAAAGAAAGACUUGGCCAUUUACAAGUGUGUCAAGUGUGUAAAUAAAUAUUCCACACCAGAAGCCCUGGAACAUCAUUUACAGACAGCAACACACAAUUUCCCCUGCCCUCACUGUCAAAAGGUGUUCCCCUGUGAGAGGUACCUGAGACGGCACCUCCCCACACAUGGGGGUGGAGGUAAAUUCAGAUGCCAUAUCUGCAAGAAAUUAUUCCGCCGAGAACACUACCUCAAACUACAUGCUCACAUUCACUCUGGUGAAAAGCCUUUCAAAUGCUCCGUGUGUGACUCAGCCUUCAACCGGAAGGAUAAACUCAAAAGGCAUAUGUUGAUCCAUGAGCCUUUCAAGAAGUAUAAAUGUCCAUUCUCAAAUCGCACAGGCUGCAGUAAAGAGUUCAACAGGCCAGACAAGUUGAAAGCUCAUGUUCUUUCCCAUUCAGGGAUGAAGAUCCACAAGUGCCAGUAUUGCCAUAAGACCUUUAGCCGGCGAGCUCACAUGGCAGAGCAUCAACGUGCUCACACAGGCAACUACAGGUACCGUUGCCCUACCUGUAGCAAAGGUUUUACACGACAGAAAUACAUGAAAGAUCACAACUGCAGGAUAAGCCUACCUAAGGACAAAGAAUUGCCAAUCAGAAGGUCCCAGAAGAAGUGGGGGACUCGUGGGCGGAAAGUGGGACUUUCUCUUUCAACUCAACUGGCCUUGACUGAAUUAAAGGACAAUGCAGGUGGAGAGAAUCCUCAAAAAAGUGGUUCCAAUAAAGAACAGUUUCCAGAGUCUGACACAGUCCUGUCCAUUGUGGUUGGCAGGCCAGCCCCAAUGCCAUCAAAUUCAGAACAUGGCCACUCUACCCAGUGUAGUGGCAUCCCAUCCAAUGUUUCUCUCACUGAGUUGCAGCCCGGGUCAAGGAACCCAUGUGGCAUGCUGGCAGUUCCUGUUUACAUUCAGGCUACAGACUGACUGAAUAAUAUUGUGAUUUGUGGGCCACCUUAGUGGGAAGAAGGUUCCUCUUGUCUUUGGCAGAGCUGGAUUACAGCCAGGGACUAGAAAGGCAUGAGAAAAGUGUAUGUUCGUAAAUUUUGGGCUGCUCGGAGCAGAAAAUGCAUUGGGAAAGGAGAAUAAUUCAAUUUUCAUGACUGCACACACCAGCAGAGGCUCUGAAAAUAUAGUUGUAUUUUUUCUGGUCAAUGAGGUUUAUGUUCUGUCCUGAACCCAGUGAGAAACAUAAUCUUGAUGAGUAUAGUAUUCUGCAAUUUUUUUCAGAAUAUGUUAAAGUCUAUCCCAUUUGUGGCUGUGCACUGAAAUCUGCAUGGCCCUGCCCUGGGAUGGUUUGCCUUUGCUUUUCAAGCAAGUCCAUUAUGUCUCUAAUGAAGGGAAGGUUGCUAUUUGUCAUUAUGCAGUGACCUCAAAACUUCUGGAGCAAUUGCCAGGAGAGGAACAAAUAGCUGCUAAGGAUGUAUUAUGGGCCAAGCAGAUGCACUAAGAAAUCAUAACAGUUUAAUAUGAUGGUUAUGUCAGGUGCUGGAUAUAAUGUUACAUUCUUAAAAUAUGUCAGAAUUGUUAUGCUAUCCAAAUUUCAAUGUUUUUGGUUGUUUGUGACCAUUAGCUUCAGGAAAACUGAUGCAUUCUGUGAAACCAAAGCUUCGUAAAUCCCUCACUCCGAGUCUGUUGGCAUUUCACAUUUUUUAAAAAGUGUCUUUACUGCUUCUCCCAUGAAUUAUAUUUACAUAUCCAUUUUUCAAGGAACUCAAAACAGCUUUGUCUCACCACUGUGAAGUAGGCUAAGUAUGAGUAACUGACUUGUUUAGGCCUCUUACAGCGUAAUCCUGUACAUGUGUACUCAGAUAAAAGUUAAUUCAAUGGGACUAAUUCUCUAGUAAAUCUGUUGUAGGAUUGCAACUACAAUGACUUUCAUUUUGCAUUCAAACCAGUGGCCAAGUCCGUGCUGAUUGUAAUGCUUGAACAAGUGUAUAUAUGCAUGAAUAUAUGCAUUUAGCAAUCACCGAUUCCUGAUGAGUUAUUUUGGAUGAAAGGAAGUGUUACAACAAGCAGGUAGGAUUUUGUUUAGAUAAUAUCUUGGAUACUGAAAUGCUCACUUUUUUCUGUACAAAAUUAAGAUAAGCUGACAGGUAUUCUAAGUACAGGUAGUCUAAGUAGGAAUUCCACUCUCUUCUUUGGUUUGACCUCACCUGGACUACUAUGUUGAUACCACAGUUUAAGAAGAAAAAAGCUGGAAUUUAUCCAAAGGAGGGCAGCCAAGACUGUAAAAGAUUUGAAAACCAAGCUCUAGCGGAAAAGGUUGAAGUUGAGUGUACUGAGCCUGGAGAUGAAAACGCUGAGAGAUGACACAAGAGAUGAAAGUCUUUCAUGUGGAAGAUGGAGUGAGCUGGUUUUCUGUUGUUCUAAAGAACAGAAUUUGAACUGGUGAACUGAAAAUACAAACUAGUACAGUGGAUUCUACCUAAAUGUUUGGGAGAGUUUCUGUGAGCUGUUCAGCAGUGAAAAAGACUAUCUCGGAAACUGGAGUUUUUAGCGAUUUGAAAGUGAUCCCUGAGAAAAACGUCAGCUGUGGAUUCCUGCACUGGCAAGUCAUUGUUCUAGAUGGGUUUUUGGUUCCUCUCCAACUCUUCCACUGUUUUCUGCAAUUCUGGAUUCUCUGUUCAGUAAAGGUAAAAGUUUCCCCUUGACAUUAAGUCUAGUUGUGUCUGACUCUGGGAGGUGGUGCUCAUCUCCAUUUCUAAACCGAAGAGUGGUUGGCAUGACUGCAUCGAGCGCCAUUACCUUCAUGCUUGAUCUAUUCACAUUUGCAUGUUUUUGAACUGCUAGGUUGGCGGAAAUGGGAGCUAACAACGAGUGCUCACCCUGUCCCACAGAUUCGAACCUCUGACCUUCUGGUCAGCAAGUUCUGCAACUCAGCGGUUUUACCCACUGCACCACUGCAGCCCCUUCCCUGUUCAGUACAACAAAUCUGUUUGUUCUAUUAGCUUUAUAUAGCUUUAUAUUAGGAUAUAUCUGCACUGCACUACACUGCAGGAUUUUUUGCAUACCAAGAAGACUAGGGCACAGAGUGAUGGAUUCAAACAACAGGAAAAGAGUGUGGCGGAAUUUCCUUCUCUGGAGAUUUUUAAGCAGAAGCUGGAUGGCCAUCUGUUGGGAGUGCUUUGAUUGUUUAUUUCUAUAUGGCAGGGGGAUUGAUUGGAUGUCUUUUGGGGUCUUUUCCAGCUCUAUGAUGAAAGAAGAUGUAUAUAUUAAAACUGGCUUUUGA